CCCAGCUUUCCCUCAAGGCUUACCUGCUCCUGGGAAAAAGGGGAGGCUCAAUGAUUCUUCUCCUCCAUGACCUCCCCGAGCUUUGGUAUUCAUGGCGUCACCAAAUCGUGUCUUUAUCUUCCAUGGGUUACCGAGCCCUUGCCCCGGACUUAAGAGGCUUUGGUGACUCGGAUACCCCCGACACAGUGGCGAGUUACACUUGUUUCAACAUAGUCGGCGAUGUGGUUGAGCUGAUAAACUUGGUGGCUCCCGAUGAACGCAAGGUGUUUGUGGUGGGGCAUGACUGGGGAGCUUACAUGGCUUGGUACUUGCGGAUGUUUAGGCCUGGUAAAGUGAAAGUUGUGGUGAAUUUGAGUGUGUCGUUUAUUCGGCUUGGUCGGGAAAUCAACCCCAUUGAUGCCUGGAGAGCUAUCUACGGCAACGAUCAUUAUGUCUCGAGGUUUCAGGAAGUUGGAGAAAUGGUGAAACGCUUUGAACUGAUUUUCCUUUAUUUUUUGCUUACGUUUGAUAUGAUACAUUGCGAAUGUGUUGUUUUCGUAAAUGUUUAUGCUUGA